GCAGGGGAGGAAGCUGUCCCGGGAGUGGGCAGGCCGGCUGGAACGCUCACUUUCUCUGGGGGGCUGCCGCCGCCACCACCACCACCACCGCCGCCGCCACUGCCACCCUUGCCACCCAAGCCCUCCGGACUUAGGGGAGGCCGGGCCCAACAGCAGGGUCCGGUCAAGGUAGCCGACUGCUGCAGCAUGCACUGAGGCCACACCUGAAGCCAGCACAGCGUCCUGGCCCCAAGGGGACCAAGGCCAGGCCCUCACCAGGCGGUGGGACCAGCGCUGGGGUGAGUGCCCCCUCGGGGUCCAUGUGCCCACCCCAGGCCCAGGCAGAGGUGGGUUCCACCAUGACCGAGAAGGCAGAGAUGGUGUGUGCCCCCAGCCCAACCCCUAACUCGCCCCCUGAACCAGCCUCACCUGGGCCCCCGAAGGCAGAGGAGGUAGGCCACGCAGGUUCCCCACUCCCCAGGCUACCUCCUGGGGUGCCAGUGAUCAGCCUGGGCCACAGCAGACCUUCAGGGGCAGCUGUGCCCACCACGGAGCUGACAGCCCUUCGGCCCCCUCUGCUGCAAAUUUCUGCCCUGGGAACGGGCCCACCCACCCUGGCCCUGCAUUACCACCCUCACCCUUUCCUCAACAGCCUCUACAUUGGGCCGGCAGGACCUUUUGGCAUCUUCCCUAGCAGCCGGCUAAAACGGAGACCGAGUCACUGUGAGCUGGACCUGGCUGAGGGUCACCAGCCCCAGAAGGUGGCCCGGCGCGUGUUCACCAACAGCCGCGAGCGCUGGCGGCAGCAGAACGUGAACGGCGCCUUCGCGGAGCUCAGGAAGCUGCUGCCAACGCACCCGCCCGACCGGAAGCUGAGCAAGAACGAAGUGCUCCGCCUGGCCAUGAAGUACAUCGGCUUCCUGGCCCUUGCAGACCCAUUUAGCACUCAUGCCCGGUGA